AUGGCCUCCCAAGAAGCUGGUAAUACAGAGAGGCGAACAGGCUCCGGUGCCCCAGGCAGUGAGAUGGAACCAGGAAGGUCAAGUAAUUCUCUCUAUUACCCCAUUGAUGAAUCACAAAAUGUCACAAGGGGAGAGCUACAAGCCCUUGGGGCCAUCCAGAUUAUGAAUGGAAUAAUUAUUCUGGCCCUGGGCAUUUUUCUAUGGGCCAUGCAUUACGAGUUCAAUGUCUCCAGGACCUUCUCUUUGUUUAUUUUCUACACAGGCUAUCCACUAUGGGGAGCUGUGCUUUUUAUCAGUUCUGGCUCAAUGUCUAUCGCCGCAGAGAGAAAAAACACCAGGAAGAUGAUGAGCAACAGUUUCGGGAUGAACAUUGCCAGUGCCAUCAACGCGCUGGUCGGCACGGUUUUGCUUUCUAUAAAUGUAGCAUUGAAUGCCGAGUCGUUAAGGAGUUGCCAGCUGCUCCAGACCCCAAGCUUAUGCGUUUACUUGGGCCUCUUAUCAACAGGCCUGGUGUCUCUAAUGCUGAUCUUUACCUUGCUGGAAUUGUGCAUAAGCAUCUUUGUCUCAUCCAUGUGGUUGAAAGCAAACUGUUGUAAAUCAAAAGCGGCAGUUUCUUCACAUCUCAGUGCUAUGGAAUGAGGCAUGUCUCAGAAAAAAAUAAUUUUGAGAGCAAGGAAAUUCAACUUCU